UGUUCUAACAAUUUAUGAACACUUGAAGAUAUGCAAAAGUAGCAUUUUUGACACCAGUAAAGACAGUUGUGGUGCAACUAAGUUAACCUCAUAACAUCGUCACAAGGCCAUUUAAUCAUUUGUCUUUUACAGUUUUCUGUGAGUAAAAAGUGAAAUGUAUUUUAAGUGCAUUAAGUCUUCCUUUUUUCUUCUUUCACAACCAUCCCUUGCCUAUCCGCUUCCAAUUCAACAAUAUUCUUGCAUAGUGAAAUAUGUACAACGACGAGGAUUCAUCAGAUGGAGGCGGCUCCUACAUGGACAACGACGAUGUAGAGCACUUUAUAAACCGCUGUUCCAUUUGUUUUGAUGCUCAACUCGAUUUUUGUCUACAGCUUUGCAAGGACCAAUUUUGCUUAGAUUGUUUUAGAAAAUAUGUUGCUGAGGUCGUAAAGUCAUCAUGGGGUCUGGAAAUGACCCAGAUAAAAUGUCCUGUGUGCCUCAUAACAGUACCCAAAUAUGAAUGGAGUCGAUAUGUUCCCAAAUCGAUAACAGAAAUGUAUGACAAAUUCAACACACCUUAUCGCAGCUACAUCAGGUCAUGUCCACAAUGUGAAGCAGAUAUUAUACCAUGCAGAUACAGCUAUGCAAACAAAACCAAUUCAACAACAACGCAGACUUCGCGAUCAGUCUGCGAGCGUAUGCAGUCGUUGAUAAGCAGUUGUCCGAUGAGUGUCUUACAUGAAAAACAUAUAGAUCACAUCAUCGUUAAAAAAUGGAUCUCUAUCUUCGGUAGAUUCGAUUGGACAGAGGCAAAAUUGCCAACUAUGCACAAGGAACUUGUAACUGAUUUAUUACGCUUUCAAAACAAUCACCCUGCUGUUGAUAACAAAUGGGCGCAUGAGAUAUCACUUAAAGUGCUUGAACUUAACUCAAAGUCAGAUAUUUGGAAAGAGCUGCAGUUUAACCAUAUCGCUUUCUUUCCUGAUAUGGCCUGUCCGCAAUGCGAGUCCUCGAUAUGUUUGCACUGUGGAAAUACUACGCAUCUAUACCUUACCUGCGAGCAGAACCUCGAGAAAAUUAUGAGAGAUAAGACGGUCUCCAAAGAAAUACGAGAAACAGUUAAAUGGAAGUUGCGUAAUAGUCGGCGCUGUCCAAAAUGUUCGAUUAUGAUAAAUCGGGAUGAAGGUUGCAACAAAGUUGAUUGUUCUUAUUGCGGCUUUGCGUUCUGCUGGGCUUGUAAAGCGUCUUGGGCCGAGGGGUGCGGCUUUUAUAGAUGCCCUAACAUAAGCAUGAAAACUACUGAAGGCAUAUCUAAAAUUGAUGGAAAGACAUCGUUUGUCGAAGACGGCCGCAACAACUCUAAAGCUAUGGCCGAAUACAAGACAGAACUUGGUGUACCGAAUAUAACGAAUAUUCAAGCAAAAUUUAACAGCGGAUUUUUCUAUUGAUAAUGUAGAUACAGUCUCUGGGCUUUUUUUACGCGGUUUACUUUAUAUACAAACGGUAAGACGAAGGUACUGACAACUCACCGCCAUUAUUAAGUUUGUCAAAAUAACCAUACAACGCUUACUUACAAAUUUUUGCACAUUUUUCGCUGUAAUAAACUCCAUUUCAAACGCAACAA